AAAAGGUUGACACAUUUUCUCUCUAAUUAUCAACUUUCCUCUUCAAACUGAUUUCUUGUUUUAUGCUGUGUUUUCGCCCAAGGUCGUAAAAUUCUGCAUUUCCACAUUUUAUACAUUUCUAUUUAUCCUUAUUGUGCUGCAAUUGUUAAAUAUCAAUCCUCGCGGUGUCUUGUUUCAACGAAUGAGGAGGCUUUGCCGUGUAUGACUUCUUUUUAGUCCCGCGUUUUAAUCCGGAAUCAGGUCUUUCUUCAGCGGAUUCAAGAUCAAUUUUUGGGUUCUUCUGAAAAUCGACAAGGCACUCUACAGGUCAGGAAAAAAAAGUUGAAUUAGCUCGAAGAUCAAUUUCCUGGGUUGUUGGGGAUUUGGUCUGGGCUCUCUUACCUUUAAGAAUGGAGUUAUGAAUUUUCCAGAAAAUCCAAAUUAGCAUGAUUCGAAUCAGUGUGGUACUACGCACCAUUUUACGGUCAUGAAGUGCUUUCAAUUCUAUAGUGGAGACAGAAAGGAUGAACCAAAGACACCAACAGCAAAUUCACUUCAGUCUUCGUUUACUGAUCAUGAAAUAAAGCAAUCUGGAUCAGAAUUAAAUUCUCAGGAUGUAUCAAAUACGAGCUCUGAGUCCAGAGGUCGCAACCAGUUCCCAAAUUUGUCUGAGAGGGCCAGUUUUCUCAAGGUCUUUUCCUUUUCAGAACUGAAACAAGCGACAAAAAAUUUUGGCCGCACUACAAAAAUUGGAGAAGGAGGUUUUGGAUGUGUUUUUAAAGGCGUCAUUAAGAGUUCUGAUGAUCCAGCAGAGAGAAUUGAUGUGGCUGUAAAACAACUGGGUAAAAGAGGACUCCAGGGUCACAAAGAAUGGGUGACAGAAGUUAACGUUCUUGGCGUUGUCGAGCAUCCAAAUCUCGUGAAACUUAUUGGUUACUGUGCUGAAGAUGAUGAAAGAGGUAUUCAACGACUUCUAGUAUAUGAAUACAUGCCCAAUGGAAGUGUGGAAGAUCAUUUAUCAAUUAGGUCCCUCACACCCCUUUCUUGGGAUAUGAGGCUGAGGGUCGCCCUAUAUGCUGCACGUGGCUUGGCAUACCUGCACGAGGAAAUGGAUUUUCAGAUCAUCUUCAGAGAUUUCAAAUCUUCAAAUAUUCUCUUAGAUGAACAAUGGAAUGCUAAACUAUCAGAUUUUGGAUUGGCUCGAUUGGGUCCUUCAGAAGGACUAACACACGUAUCAACUGCGGUUGUUGGGACUAUGGGUUAUGCAGCUCCCGAAUACAUUCAAACAGGCCGUCUCACAUCAAAAAGUGAUGUUUGGAGCUAUGGGGUGUUCCUUUACGAACUCAUCACUGGUAGACGCCCGUUGGAUCGACAGCGCCCUAAAGGCGAGCAGAAGCUCUUAGAAUGGGUAAAGCCAUACCUUUCAGACGCCAAGAAGUUUCAGCAUAUACUGGACCCGAGGCUUGAGGGCAGGCAAGUCCUUAAAUCAGCUCACAAGCUCUCCCUUGUAGCUAACCGCUGCCUGUCCAGACUUUCAAAGACACGGCCCAAGAUGAGUGAAGUCCAGGAAAUGAUCAACCAAGUCGUUGAGGCAUAUACAGGCUGCGGAAACCCUCAACCAUCUUUGAAGAGCAAAGACGACAACAAAGCUUCCGAGGAUUCCCAAUCUAAAGGUAAAAGGAGGCUAAGUGAUAUCAAAAUCGUGGACAGUGCCUGGUUGCUUCGAGUCUGGUCAUCAAAGCUCGUGAGAACUUGCUGAUUGCAACUCAGUCAACUAGGGUACAUAAGGAUGACAACUUAGUACUAUUAUCAAGAUACUCGCUAGCGUAAAUCUGGUUGAACGUGCUUUUGGAAUGUGACCGGCCUCAGAUUUGCUGAUAGACGUUCCACGAAAAAAAUCUUCUAGGUGCCUCAAGAAGGGCCGGCUCUAGAAUCUGACCGGUGUCGAGUAUUCGACAUUGCAAUAGAACAAAAGGUAUGGAAUUUGUUUGUGUAACCUUUAAUUGUUGUAAACAUUUGAUGUGAGGUGAGGAGGUCCGAAUCACAAUGGGUUUAGUCAUUCCUUGGAUUGUUGUAACUUGUAGUCAUACAUAUAUGAUGGAAGCAUGUACUAUAUUUUUGGAUGAUACACUAUGGGUUGCUGUUGUAAAAUGUUUGUUUAUUAGUAUCAAUUUUCAUUCUUUGGUGGCCUA